AUGAGAAGAUGGUCUCGUGAGGCAGCAGGACCCAGGCAAGCUGGGACCCAGGAGGCGGCAGGACCCAGGAGGCAGCAGGACCCAGGAGGCGGCAGGACCCAGGAGGCGGCAGGACCCAGGAGGCAGCAGGACCCAGGAGGCGGGACCCAGGAGGCAGCAGGACCCAGGAGGCAGCAGGACCCAGGAGGCAGCAGGACCCAGGGGCGAGCAGGACCCAGGAGGCCUUGGGACCCAGGAGGCAGCAGGACCUGGGAGGCAGCAGGCAGCGGGACCCAGGGAGCAACAGGACCCAGGAGGCAGCAGGACCUGGGAGGCAGCAGGCGGCAGGACCCAGGGGGCAACAGGACCCAGGAGGUGCAGGAACCAGGGGCAGCCAGGACCCAGGAGGCAGCAGGACCCAGGGAGGCAGCAGGCAGCAGGACCCAGGAGGCAGCAGGACCCAGGAGGCAGCAGGACCCAGGAGGCAGCAGGCAGCAGGGACCCAGGAGGCAACAGGACCCAGGGAGUGCAGGACCCGGGAGGCAGCAGGACCUGGGAGGCAGCAGGCAGCAGGACCCAGGAGGCAACAGGACCCAGGAGGUGCAGGAACCAGGAGCAACAGGACCCAGGAGGCAGCAGGGCCCAGAAGGUUCGGGGGCGCUUUAA